GUGGCAGGACGUAGCAGUGGGGUCCACGGCAUCCCCACAUGUAGCUGUGUGACGGCGACUCUCAUGACGAGGACCCUCCUGGUAACCCCCUCGCCCCGCUCUGCUGCCCGACCCAGUCCCAGAGGCCCCCGCGUCUCCGCUGUACGGCGGGGUCUUUGCCAAGAUGGCCGCGCCCGCGGGCGAUUCCACAGGGGCGCCGCCAUCGCAGCUGCGGGACCGGCUGCGGCCGCUCUCCGGGUGAUCGCCAUGACGGCCUCCGGCUGCGACCAGAUCCUAACAAAGCUAGAGACCGUUAACCUGAGGAGGAUUCCGGAUACUGCCGAAGAGGCCGGGCGUCCACUGGAGAUUGCUGUGCCCACGCCCGGGGCCAGCGCCGCGGGAUCAGUAACAUUCAAAGAUGUGACUAUGGCCUUUACUCAGAAGGAAUGGGAGCAGUUGGAUCCCACCCAGAAGAACCUGUACAAGGAUGUGAUGCUGGAGAACUACAGCAACCUAGCCUCAGUAGGGCAUCAAGCUUCCAAACCGGAUAUGAUCACCAAGUUGGAAAAAGGGGAAGAGCCAUGGUUGGGGAAGGGGAAAAGACCCAGUCAAGGUCAUCCAAGUAAAAUAAAAAGUCCCAAGCAAAUAGGAGCCAAUGGAAAAGUCAAGCUAGAUGAUGACCAGCUAGAGAAUAACCAGGAAUCUCAGAACAAACUCCUUAGGGAGGUUGCAUUCAAGAGGAAAACUCUGACUAAGAAGAAAGGCAGUGAGAGUGGUUCAAGGGGGAAAAGAAAUAGCAUGAGUACAAAACACAACCCUUCAACAAAAAGCCUUAAAUUUGAUUCACAUGGAAAGAGUUUGAAACAGAAUCUGGACAUACAUGGUCAUGUAAGAAACUGUGCAAAAAAGAAAUCCGAUGUAGCUAAAGAACACAGGAAAUUAUUUAGCCAUACCUUAUCUGAUACAAAGAAAGACAAAAAUCAAACUGGAAAGAAACAUGAAAAAUUAUCCAACCACAGCUCAUCUGAUAAAUGUGACAAAACUCAAACUGGCAAGAAACCUAAGAAAUUAUGUUGUCAUGGCUCAUCCCGUACUAAGCAAGACAAAAUUCAAAUUGGACAGAAACAUGAGAAAUCAUCUAGCCAUAGUUCUUCUAGUAACCACGACAAAACUCAAGCUUGCGUGAAACCCUAUGAGUGUGAUCAGUGUGGAAAGGUUCUCAGCCAUAAACAAGGACUUAUUGACCAUCAGAGAAUUCAUACUGGGGAGAAACCAUAUGAAUGUAAUGAAUGUGGGAUAGCCUUUAGCCAAAAGUCACACCUUGUUGUACAUCAAAGAACUCACACUGGAGAAAAACCUUAUGAAUGUAUUCAGUGUGGCAAAGCCCAUGGUCAUAAACAUGCCCUCACUGACCAUCUAAGAAUUCAUACUGGAGAAAAGCCCUAUGAAUGUACUGAAUGUGGGAAAACCUUCAGACACAGCUCAAACCUUAUUCAACAUGUGAGAUCUCAUACAGGUGAGAAGCCCUAUGAAUGUAAGGAAUGUGGAAAAUCCUUUAGGUAUAACUCAUCUCUUACUGAACAUGUUAGAACUCAUACAGGUGAAAUACCAUAUGAAUGUAAUGAAUGUGGAAAAGCCUUUAAGUAUAGUUCAUCCCUUACUAAACAUAUGAAAAUUCAUACAGGUGAGAAACCCUUUGAAUGUAAUGAAUGUGGGAAAGCUUUCAGCAAGAAGUCACACCUCAUUAUACAUCAAAGAACUCAUACUAAAGAGAAACCUUACAAAUGUAAUGAAUGUGGAAAAGCCUUUGGACAUAGCUCAUCUCUUACUUACCAUAUGAGAACUCAUACAGGUGAAAGUCCCUUUGCAUGUAAUCAAUGUGGGAAAGCCUUUAAACAAAUUGAAGGCCUUACUCAACAUCAAAGAGUUCAUACUGGAGAGAAACCCUAUGAAUGUAACGAAUGUGGGAAAGCCUUUAGCCAAAAGUCACACCUCAUUGUACAUCAGAGAACUCACACUGGGGAGAAGCCCUAUGAAUGUAAUGAAUGUGGAAAAGCCUUCAAUGCAAAGUCUCAACUUGUUAUCCAUCAGAGAUCCCACACUGGAGAGAAACCCUAUGAAUGUAAUGAAUGUGGAAAAACCUUUAAACAAAAUGCAUCCCUUACCAAACAUGUGAAAACUCAUUCAGAAGAGAAAUCUCAUGAGUGACAUGAAUGUGAGAAAUCUAACUGAACUGAAGGUUCUGUUUAACCUUAGAAAUAUUCUGAAUUUAAAGAAUGUUAAAAAGCCUUUAGAAAGAUAUUGCACCUUGUUACACAUGAAUUUGAAAAAGGAUCUUUACAUGGAAGCAAUGGAUGGAAAUAAGAGUUUAAACUUGAUACCGAAACUUUUAUAGAAAAUAGUUUUAAAAAUACUCAAUUAUUAUAAGUUAUCUACAUGUUCAGACUGAAACGGAAAGCAUUAAAAAAUUGUGAAUAAAUUGAAUAACCA